AUAAUUUCGUAGUAUUGUUACAAGUACGUAGCAAAGCUUCGCACGAUUUAUAUUCACAUGAUAUUUUCAUAUUCUAUUCAUAAAACAUUGAUAAAGUAUCGUUAUAAAAAAUAUAGAAGCAAAAUUCCAAUCAUUACUUAAAAUAUUGUUUAUAUUUAAUUUUUGCGUAUUAAAAUUAAUAGGAAUAGAAAUAUUCUCAGAAAGAGAAGUGAUCCGUUAUGUUCGGGUAUGAGCGUUUAUGAUAAAAGAGAACGUGCAUUAAAGCCUGUUGCAUACGAAGUUUUGCAUUUGGAUUUAUAAUAACACUAUAACAGUAGUCUACGUCGUCAAUCUAAUAGCGUAAACUGAUAAUGGAGUACAACUGUGUAUUUCCAAUAAACUUUCUCAUGAUUUUUAUUAUUUGCUGAUUUGAUCCUCUUAUGUAACAAAUGAUUUCUGUCAUUUCCACUUGAUCGACAAAAUGGUAUUAAAUACUAGAAUACGAGUGUGUUAUAUGAUUGCAACAUAGUAGCGCACAGUUGUAUUACAUGACAUUGUGAUAAAGAUUCUAUACCUGCAAUUGAUACUUUAUCUCGCUACGUUUGUAUCGUAUAAAAAUAUUUUUUAUCAUGAUAUUUAUCAUUCUUUCUCAUGCUUCUGAACCGUGUUUUAGUUCUUAUACGAAAAGUGAGCAAGAAAUGGCGGAGGUUAUAGGCAGCAAAAUGCUUACAUUUCUUACUAUAACUUUUGGAAAUAGUCAUAUAUACAAUUCGUAUUAUCCAUUAUAAACGAUACUUUACAAAUUCCUUGACUUCUGCGUUUCAUCAAUAUAUAAAAACACAAAUUUUACAAAUGGUGAACCAUGCAUUAAAUUGUUUGAGAUAAGAAAUAUUGAUAAAUAUAUCGUACAAAAUAUAAUAUGCUAUACAAAUAUAAUAUACAAAUCUGUAAACAGACAAUCUCUCUUAAGAUCUGUAUGAUGUCCUUGAUAUGAUAUAUUAAGAUAUGGACGCCAAAACAACAUAUUUGUCCUCCAAACAUAUAUUGCCAUUACACGUAGUAAUAUUUAAAAGUACUAGCGAUAUGAGACGAUAAUUCAGGGAUAAUGGGUACUAUUUUAAAAUCACAACAUAUACCGAUAUCGUAUCAUCAUUACAUAGAUUAUGCAAAAUGACGAUAACUGGGAGACCAACUUUUUAGUAGACCCACAACCGCAACCUGCUUCAAUUCGUUUCGACACUAGGAAUAUGAAGCACCACCUGUCUAGUGUGUUAUUCGUUCUGUGCGUCUUGUACAUCGCAAAACAGUCGGGAUGUUACAAGAUUCUAGCUAUCGUUCCCUCACCAUCCUACAGUCAUCAAAUACCGUACAGACGAUUAUGGCUGGAACUACACAAACGAGGUCACGAAGUUGUGCUAGCCACGGCGGAUCCUAUACCAAAUAUCAAAUCACCGAAUUUUACGCAAAUCGACAUUAGCCAAUCUUACGGAAUCAUAAAGAAAUUAGAUUAUGUUCAAAUGCGAUUUGAGGGAAAACGUUGGCUGGAUAUUGUGGAAGAAAAACUGUUGUCUGUGACCAAAGUGUUUGCGGAAACGGUGCUCAAUUCUACAGAACUGCGGGAGCUGUAUGCUCCUGAAAGCAACGCAACGUUCGAUGUCUAUUUGACGGAAGUCCUCUACGCGCCCGCCACUUACGCUUUCGCACAUCGAUUCAAUGUUCCUAUAAUAGGGUUAAGUUCAGUAGGGUUGAUUGCCUUUAACGAACACGCUCUUGGUGGAUUGGUCCUCCCUUCUCACGAGUACACGUGGGAAAUGGAAGACAACACGGGUACGAAUCUACCGUUCUUGAAGAGACUGCGCAAUUUCGUCAACAUGUGGUAUAACAUUUACCACUACUACCAUGUGCUCAUUCCUGACCAACAGAAACUGGCCGAGAAAUAUUUUGGGCCUCUACCGCCAAUGCUAGACGUAUUGAAGAACGUUAGCUUGCUUUUCAUCAAUCAGGCCGAUGUUAUGAUAGCGGCUCGGCCGAAACUUCCAAACAUAAUCACAUAUACAUCCUCACAUAUACAAAAGAAGCUGACUCCCCUGUCUAAGGACUUACAAGCAUUUCUGGAUGGCGCCACAAAUGGGUUCAUCUACUUUAGUCUUGGUAGUAACGCAAGAAGUGCAAGUUUACCACUGGAGAUCCGACGGGUGUUCUGCGAUGUGUUCGCCAAGUUGCCUUACCGAGUUGUCUGGAAAUUCGAGGAGGAUUUCCCCGGGAAACCUGAUAAUGUUUACAUUGGAAAAUGGUUCCCACAACAAACUAUUCUCGCUCAUCCGAACAUUGAAUUGUUCAUUUAUCAAGGAGGCCUGCAGAGCAGCGAAGAGACCGUCUACUACGGGGUACCAGUUCUUGGUUUCGCGAUUUUCGCCGAUCAAGAUUAUCAAGUAGCCAGAAUGGAAGCUCUGGGCAUGGGAAAAUAUUUGGAAAUUACAACCCUUAAGAGGGAUGAACUUGAAAAUGCUAUUACAGAGCUUAUAACUAACAAAAAGUACAAAGAAAGGAUACAUUACAUCCGAAAUGUCAUUCAGGAUACACCGUACGAUCCGGUAGAGAAUCUCGCUUGGUGGACAGAGUACGUGAUACGAACGAAAGGCGCCCCUCAUCUUCGCGGUAGUCUAGCUUUUCAGCCUUGGUAUCAACGUUGCGAUAUGGAUAUUGUAGUGUUCUUAACGAUCGUAAUUUUCUUGAUUGCUUCUGCUACCCUUCAUUUAAUUGCCAAGAUUCUCGUCUACAUUCAUAAGAAAAUCAAAUCAACUGAAAAGCAAAAGAUAAACUAAGUAUUUAUGACGCAAUUGAUUGAAGAGAAGUACUUAUAGCACAAUUCAUUCCAAGUGACGCAAGCGUUUAUCAUCUCAUUUCAACAGAUGAAUUUUAUCUAGUUUCGUUAAGGAAAUGAUCAUCCUACGUUUUAUAAUUGGCGAGUUACUGGUCACAAGACUAACGAUUCUGGCUCGAAAAGACUUUCAAAUAUUGUUACGUCGGGCGACACUCUACCUAAACAAGGCCAUAUACCGCGGGCCAGACGGGAGCUAGAUGUCCGGUCAUUCUUAGUGCAUACCCUCAAUAGUCUUAAGGACCCAUCAUCAAAAUCCCAGUAAUUUGCUAGCUAAGGUCCUUCAGACCGAACAAAUAUCUUUGUUUCUAAAUCAUUUUCUGUAGAUUAUUGUAUACUACAGCUUGACACGGGAAAGUUAGUUUUUCUCACGUACGAUGCUUCCCACUAGCAACUUUCAAUCGAGGGCGGCUAAGCCCCUUGCUAGUCCACCAACCUUCGUUUGUCCAAUCAGAAGCAAUGUAUACUGCCCUCACUUCCUGACCAAAAAUGUCAUGAACCGAUCCGAUGGUCCCGUACGCUAGACACACCCAUCGCUAGCUUUCCUCCGACACAGCUUCGUCACUGUACCUUACUUAUUCUACAAUGUUAGAAUAGUCAACAAGUCAUUAACGGGUUACUCUCCUUAAAUCAAUCAUUUACAUAACGUAUGCAUACUCAACAGUGUACCUCAUAAGUGUUGGAAAAUAAAGCCUAUAACCCUGUU